UUCCAAAUCUGAAUGACUGAGCAAGGCGAAAGGAGAAUUAAUCAACCGCUGCGUGACCAGGCAGGCGAAAAAUAGUGGCGGUGUAGUGUGUGGGGGAGGGGCAGCAGCUCACAGGCCAGAGAGGCGACAUGCUCCACUGUAGCCUGUGUGAGGCUCAGCCCGGCGCUUCUGCUAAACACUCAAAUAUCAGCGCUACUACUCACUUUAACGCGGGUUUUUACCGAGUGUGUGCCACGUUGAGGGUACAUGUUGUGCGACUCUGUUCAUUUCGGGUUCAAAUCCGAGCCAUUUUUCGCUCCCAUUUUAGGCACUACAGCACACACACACACACACACACACACAUAUAUAUAUACAGCAGCUUUUGUAGUAACGGCUCGUAAACGUGGUCUUGUGACGACAGGGACGAUGUAUGUUGAAGUGAAAACGGGUUAAUUUGGGUUUAUAUGCUGGUGUUUUUGGCGUGUAAUCAAAUCGUGUGAGGGCACACAAGAUAUCAAACUAUUAAUGAUCUUAUUAAUUGACUUAUACGUUCGGUCGUGUUUCCAUUAUUCAGGUUUAAGGUCAGCUAGCCUUCACUUCAACCCCCCCUCGCCGCCCCUCCACACUCUCUCUCUCUCUCGCUCUCUCUCUCUCCCAUUCUGUGUGUAGGUCUCUCUCUCGCUGCCGAUCAGCGCCUGCUGCUGUCUCUUUAUGUUACUGUUCUCAGUGAACGGUGAAACUCCACAGAGUAGCCUGCAGCCUCAAGCCCACAGAAACUCGGGUGUAAUUUUUUUUUUCUCCUUCUGUUCUCCAACUUUACCGCCCAGUUGUGAGUGAGCACAGCCCGAGCCCCCAAAAUACGCUUCGUUUAGCCCCAGCAGAAGAAGAAAAUUAGCCGACAGUGAGUCAUACGAGGCAGCGGUCGGAACUUGAAAUAUGACGAGAAGCAUAAUGGAAGGAAAGUCGCAGCUAGCUUGCUGAAGUUGGAGGUUUUUCUCCUUGUGGAAGAGGAAGAGGUGGCGGCGGCGGCGGACACCACGAGUUCACUCUCACAAUAAAAGGAGUGAACCCAGCCUUCCAACAUACCUCCCCACCUUUCAGUGGGCUAAGAUGAGUAUUACCAGUGAUGAAGUGAACUUCUUGGUCUACAGAUACCUCCAAGAAUCAGGUUUCUCCCACUCAGCUUUCACCUUUGGCAUCGAAAGCCACAUCAGCCAGUCCAACAUCAAUGGAACACUAGUGCCCCCUGCAGCCCUCAUCUCCAUCCUGCAGAAGGGGCUUCAGUAUGUGGAGGCAGAAAUCAGCAUCAAUGAGGAUGGUACAGUCUUUGACGGUCGACCAAUCGAGUCACUGUCGCUCAUCGACGCAGUCAUGCCAGAUGUGGUGCAGACGCGGCAACAAGCCUUCCGUGACAAGUUGGCCCAGCAACAGGCGGCCUGUGGCAAUGCAGCUUCAACCUCUGGAAUGCAGUCCAACACACCAAAGAAUGGAGAAGCCACUUAUAAUGGGGAGGAGAACGGCACUCACAACAUGAAUAACCACAAUGAGCCCAUGGAGAUGGAUGUAGAUGUAGAGAUACCAGCCAGUAAAGCCACGGUGCUGCGAGGCCACGAGUCUGAAGUGUUCAUCUGUGCCUGGAACCCUGUCAGCGAUCUGCUGGCCUCAGGCUCGGGGGACUCCACCGCCCGGAUCUGGAACCUGAACGAGAACAAUAACUCCAACUCCACCCAGCUGGUGCUGCGCCACUGUAUCCGAGAAGGUGGCCAGGAUGUCCCCAGCAACAAAGACGUCACCUCACUAGACUGGAAUAGCGACGGGACUCUCCUGGCAACGGGCUCAUAUGAUGGAUUUGCUCGGAUAUGGACAAAGGAUGGAAAUCUGGCAAGCACCUUGGGGCAGCACAAAGGGCCCAUAUUUGCACUCAAGUGGAACAAGAAGGGGAACUCUAUUCUCAGUGCUGGUGUAGAUAAGACGACAAUCAUUUGGGACGCACACACAGGAGAAGCCAAGCAGCAGUUCCCUUUUCACUCAGCCCCAGCACUGGAUGUCGACUGGCAGAACAACACCACCUUUGCCUCCUGCAGCACAGACAUGUGCAUCCACGUAUGCCGGCUUGGCAGUGACCGGCCCCUCAAGACCUUCCAAGGCCACACGAAUGAAGUUAAUGCCAUUAAAUGGGAUCCAUCGGGCAUGCUACUUGCCUCCUGCUCAGACGAUAUGACCUUAAAGAUUUGGAGUAUGAAGCAAGAGUCGUGUGUCCACGACCUCCAGGCUCACAGUAAAGAGAUCUACACCAUCAAGUGGAGUCUGACAGGCCCCGGCACAAGCAACCCCAACUCUAAUAUCAUGCUCGCCAGCGCCUCUUUUGACUCGACAGUACGACUUUGGGAUGUCGAGCGGGGGGUUUGUAUUCACACUCUGACCAAGCACCAGGAACCCGUCUACAGCGUGGCCUUCAGCCCCGAUGGCAAGCACCUGGCCAGCGGCUCCUUUGAUAAGUGUGUCCACAUUUGGAACACCACGACCGGAGCCUUGGUCCACAGCUACAGGGGCACUGGUGGGAUCUUCGAGGUGUGCUGGAACGGCACUGGGGACAAAGUCGGUGCCAGCGCAUCAGACGGCUCGGUUUGUGUUCUUGAUCUCCGAAAAUAGCGGACGUGAGACUUUGAUGAUGAAUCCUGGAAUGUGCAGCAAAUUGCCUUCUUCUGACAUCAGCAAACAAACUGUCACUGCUCGAGAAGAGCCGUAAGGUGGAAUGAAACAAAACCAGUUUACCGCAGCAGCUGCUGAGGAGCCGACACCAGCUGACUCCAGUGUACCUUACAGUUUGUCGAUGUGUGUUUUAUGAUAUGCCUAUUUGAAACACGUCGGUCAAGAGAUCCCCAAAACUGGACUGAAUCCAACUCCCUGGGUGCAUCCACGUUUUAAAAGGUUUCUAAUGAGGAAGGGCUGCGAUCCCUCCGGGCCUCUGGUCCAGCUGUUAUCGGGGUGAAAGGGUGGAAACACAAAGAUGAGUUUUAUAUAAAGAGAAAAGUGUUAAUGAGACACACGUGUUUGGCUGUCAAAGGCAACAAAUUGUGAAAGAAAGGUUGUGGUUUUAGAUUUCCCUCUGAGCAAAUGUUACUUCAUGGGACGUGAUAAAAGUAACAGAUACUGAAGCACUGGUUUGUCAGAGGACAGGGUGCUGAACUCAACUCAGUGGAUAAUAGUUUUGUUUCAGGAGUGCUUCUCGUUUUUUUUUUUUUUUUGGUCUAUUUUCCACAGAUGGACUUUUGAAAGUCAAAACUGAAUGUGCCGCUGCAAGGUUAGUUCUUAUCUCACGUUUAACACCAGGAAAACCUGCCAAGAAACAGUCCUAACCUCCUAAAAUGACCUGCUCAGUUCACUCGAGAUUAGAAAACGUCAUUUUGUGGACAAGAUGUGAAAAGUGGUUUACAAAGAGAAUUUUCUCCCUUUUUUGGAUGUAAAUUUAAGAAUGUAAAGAUAUGUAAAUUAGAUUAAUACACAGACUUAUAUACUGUGUAUAUAUGUUUAUAUACAGUACACUUUAUUGCCAUCCUGUAGGGGCUCAUUAAUGGCUAGAGCGGUCACAUCUUUGCUGACAAAACAUGAUGAGAACUCUUUUUAAACAAAGCGCAUGUCUCAUCAGCUCCUUUUUUAAUACUCUUUUUCAAAUGGGCCAAUCACAACCCACCGCAAGUUCUUUUGUUCUUCAGCGAGUCGCAAAUGGCAUUGACGCAGAUGUGUUAAGCAGCUUUGCUUUCCACUACUGAUCCCUGAAAGCCACGGAGGAAAUGUGCAACUCGGUCACCUGCAUUCAGGGAAUCCUCUGGGGGGGAAUAGUCAUCACAGUCCUCUGCUUGAUUUCUGCUUUAACUGUGUAUUUUAUGUGGAACAGGACUUAAUGCAGGAAAACAACUACUGCUUGAUUAGCAUUACCAUGGUUUCUCUUUGGCACUUUCCUCUGAACAAUCUACUGAAAAUUCAGAGCACAUUUUGGCCAGAAGGUGGAGGUGUGGAGGUCAAGCAAAAAGUCCUGCUGUUGCUUUAAAAUGAAAAAAAAAAAAAAAAACCUCUGAUUGGUCUCGUUAAGACUCACCAAAUGCUGCCAGAUGAUCAGAUUUGGUCAUAUUUGAAAUGCCUGUCUCGUGGGCAGUAAGUCUGCCUCCCUCUACUUAGUGGGAUCUCAUGUAAAAGAUCUUCAAACUAACUCGCCACCACUUUGGUUAGCCUUUUUUUUUCUGGUCCCUUUCCCUUUCUGUCGACUUCUGCUUGAGCUAUGUGAAGUGCACUUUUUGUAAUGGGCGGUUCAGCAAAUGUUCAGAUUGUGCUGAAAGUGAAGGGCCAAUGUUUUAUUUUUGUCUUUUUUUUUCUCCCUCUUUUUUUAAUUGUCACAUUUGGAUAUUAAAUGUCCAGUGUGUAGGAUGUAGGGGGAUCUGUUCAUAAAUUAUGUUUUCAUGAGCGUUUAAACACCUUAAACUAAGAAUCGUGGUUUUCGUUACCUUAGAAUGAGCCUUUUAUAUCUACAGAGGGAGCCUUCGUGUUUUCCACAUUUUAAGCGGCCGCUGUAGAGGAGGGUGAGGCGCUGUAACCUCACCACUAGGUGCUACUACAUCCUACACACUGGUCCUUUAACGGGUGGUUCAUUGUUUUCUGACUUUUUCAUUUGAGAGCCAUUAUUGUCUGUGUCAGACUGAGAAUUGGGCUGUGGGUCGGUGGCCUUUCUUGGCAUGCUAAGGAGCCCAAAAUGGAAUAAGUGCUGUGACAGUUUCUCUCUCUCUCUCGCUCUCUCUCUGUCUCUCUCGCCCUGGUCCAGGGUGUGGUCACCUGUUUCCAAGACAAAACGUUGAAGUCAUUCAGUGUCUCAAAUAAAUCACUCUAUUUUGAUAUCAGAAAA